UUGAUCAUCCGCGUUGGAACGGUGGCCAGGGGCUGGGGUAAUCCUUCAUUGCGCGUGCGCACAGCCAUCUUCUGACUGGGUGAACAAAACUGGACACACUCGUAGACGACGCAGUCUGUCCAUUUCCAGCAGGAAUCAUGGGAACAGUGUUCCUGCAACAGAGCACGGCUCACUCCGUGCUGAGGAGGUUGCGGCGGGCCAACUACCUCCUGGAGGAGGUGAAGCAGGGGAACAUUCAGAGGGAGUGCCGAGAGGAGGUGUGCAGCUAUGAGGAGGCACGCGAGGCCUUUGAGAACGACGAGAAAACGAGGCGGUUCUGGGAGGAGUAUGUGCGCGAGAACAACCCCAACAAGGGGCUGGAGUCGAUGGUGGGCAGCGCCCAGUCGCUGUACCUCAUCCUGCCGCUGCUGCUGGUGCUGCUGCUCAUCAUGGCCGUGACCAUCACCGUGUGGCGCUGCCACUCGCGCAAGCGCUCGCAGCGGAGUCCGUCCGCUGGACGCUCGCACCGCGAGCCCACGCUCUCUGUGGUGUCCAUGGACCAGUGGGGGCCGGAGUUCCACUCGGACAUGAGCCCGCGCUCCGAGAUGAGCGCACGCAGCUACCAGGCCGGGUCCGGACGCACAACCGCCGGGGAUCCGCCGCCCUCCUACGACGAGGCGGUGGGCCAAGCCGACGUGCACAUCGAGACAGAGCCGCCGCCGCAGUAUGAUGACAUCGUGAACAACAGCUCGUCCAGCGUGAUCAUUGGACAGGGGAAGUAGGAGCAGCAACAUCACCAUCACAGCGUCUGUCAUAACCAGAGCUUCCUUCACCAACCACCAGCCACCACCACCACCCCCCCUCCCCCACCCCCACCCCCACCCCCCUCUUCAUUAGAACUCCAUUCAUUAGAACUUCAUUAGAACUCCAUCCAUCCAUUUCCCUCAUACACUUAACCACUCUUGUCAAACGCUUCCACGCCUGGAGACAGCCAGUGGGGAGCUGUUGGCUCAAAUGUGGGGGCAGGAAUCAUUACAUGGUUUGCUGAGUGUAAAAUUUAAAUGGAAAUUAACGAUGCAUCCC